AUGUUUCUGACAACGGCCCCCGGGUUCAUAUUGACGUUUAAGGAGUACCAGGAUGCGUAUCAGAAGUACAAGUCGCAUAAGGGCGCGAGCAACGAGUCGCAGUAUCUGCAGCAGUACUACCACGCGCACAACUCGUACGUCCUCCAUCUGAGAGCUUCCAAUGGCCUCAUCGACUCAUUCCACUACACAACACUUCCUCAACUGCUCGACGUGAGAUCUAAGUCCGGCUUAACUCGGACAUGGGGCAGUCAUCUAUCCACGAACAUUCACGAUAGUCUAAUGGAGAGAACGUCGCAUCGACGAAACCAGGCGAAGAAGAUUUUCCAGUACAGGGACACGUUGGAAAACGCGGUGUGCAAGAGCGAGGAAAUACUGCUGAAGGAAUUGGAAGAGGUGCACACAGAGCUCAGCAAUAUCAUCUCCAGUGCCAUUGCCCAGCAUAACUCGCUGCUAUCUGUAAAAACAAUCCAUCAAUUCAGGCACAUUGUUUCACUUGUGUUUAUGAAGCAUCGUGUCAAGGUGACAUUUGCGAAGCGACUUAUUGAUUACUGUGACAUUCCAUGGGAUUUGCUAAAGAACGAAUUGGUGGCGAGCAAAUCUGCCGAUGUACAUAUCAAUCAGCGCUACCUGGUGUUGAGGCAGCAGGAGACCGAACUAGAGGGUUUAGUGCGAUAUACACAGGAGACGCUGCAUUCGCUCGUUGGGUUACAGCAAAGGAGUUUAGACCAGAAUCUCUACAACAAAGCUACUGAGCUACAGGAUGAUGUCAGCAAAAAGCGCAAUGACAUCCGGCUGGCGCAGAUGCACCUAGCUGCCGUACAAGCUCAGCUAGAAUUGUUCUCUCAGAAGCACUUUGAGGAGGUGGGCGAAGCAGAGAUGGAGCGAAAGCCAACGCAAGGCUCCAUCAAGGAGAAAUGGAAGAAGGCGUUUUCGAGUCUGAAGGGGCACAAGCAACGCAUGAGUACGGAUAGCAGCAGUAGCGGCGGUGACAGCCAGCAAAACCUCGACACGGCCAAUGAGCGGCAUGAGCAUGAUAAGGAGCGCGAGGAACGGAAAAUGUCCUCCAGUCCAGAUACGUUCGGGUCGGAGAGGCGAUCACAUGUUGACAUCAGCAACAUUGAUUAUGCUCAUCAGUUUCUCAUUAGCACAUUCAAGAAAGCAACGUUUUGCGACUAUUGUAAAGAUGUCAUGAGAGGUAUGGCAAAGCAAGGAUUGAGAUGUAAGAUCUGCAAGAUGUCUGUGCAUGUCAAGUGUCAAGAUUCUGUGCCCCGGUGCCCAGGCCAGCCCCCAAAUAAAUCAAAACUGUUGCGCCGGCAAAAGACUGCCUCGUCCAUAGAUACACGGGUACAACUUUCUUUAGGCACCGGCAAGGACAAGGACAAAGGAGCUCAAGUGGAUCCCGUCUAUGAACUACUUAAGAGUGCUAGCGGUAUGCGCGGAUCCAGCAAGCCUGAUUCCGAGUCGACCUCCAACGAAGCGAUUAGCAGCUCUUCCCUCAAAAGCCCAGAUGUGCGGCUAGCUAGUCCCUCAUCAGGUCGGAGAAGGCGGCCGCGCCUCGUUAAGCAACAUACGAUAGCCGGGGAGUACGCACCGCAGACUGAGGGGAACUACACGCCGAUCGACAUGAAAACCAGCUCGAAUCCGAACGUGUCUUAUCCUGGAGAUUUCGGCGAAUAUGACCCGUUUCAUCCGUCCAGUAGUCUAUACCAUGACCCCAACGACGAUCAUGGCCGCCUGGGCUCUACCCAGCUUCACCAUCCUUCGCUAUCUAAAGAUUUUUCGCAGGAGGAGGAUUCGUCGUUGCGUGCACGGGAACAGUCCCCGCACAGCCCAACAAGAGGUCGUCGCCAAAAAUUAAACAUACGCAUGAAAAGCUUCUCUCUCGACAACCCUAAUAGCAAGGAUCACUUGCGACACGUCAUCGGUGGGGGUCGUCCCUCGUGCAGCUACUCCCCGGACAGUCCCACCCACGGUCAGCACAGCCGAGGAAGGUUGCAGCGUGCCAAAGGAGACUCAUUAGAUAUCCCUGACGAUACUGAAAAGUCGCUCAGUUCAGCAUCGUCUGCUUCACCGCUAGGAGGCUCACCAAAGUCUUACCAGAGGCAGGCUGCUCAAAGUCUAUAUGUGACGAUCAGGGACUUCAAAGGCGAGGGCCGGCGUGACGAGAUAGAAUUCAGAAGUGGCAGUAAGGUGGUGGUGAUGGACAUGUCGGAUGCAGAGUGGUGGCGGGGUCGGUGCAAUGGUCAGCAGGGAUACUUCCCGGCUGGUUGCGCUGUCCGCAUCUUUCCAGGCGAGCGUGUGAUGAAGGUUACUAAAAGCAUACAGCUAAGCGACGGUGGAAUCGACUUAAGGCUGAGUCGUGAGCAGAUUGUGAUUCAACUCGGUGAAGAGCGUGACGGAAUAUCAACGAUUCGCGUCGGGGAUAGAGAAACCACCUGCCCUUCACGCAACCUACGGGAGCUGUGGAGCACUUGAAGCACAUGCCCGCGUCUCAUCAGCCGAAUACGUUCAUGCAUAUAGUAUCGCCGUACUGCUUCUAUGUUUAAGGUUCACCUAGCCGCAGGCUACACAGCAGUAUCAGACGUUGACUUCACUAAGUCUUGUCUUUAUUGUAGAAUGCCUUGAAUUGCGCUUGGCAAUUUUGUAACCGAUUAUGGUGUUUCGUUGUACAUGCGCGCACGCGGGCACGUAGGUACGUUGUCACCUUUUGCACCUUG